AUGGCUGCUUUCUGGGAGAAGAUGGGUGUUGAUCUCGAUACUGGGCCAAGUAUUGAACAAAUAACAGAAGCAUUUUACAGAUGCGACAAUUGGUCUCGGGAUGAUCGCAAGCGGCUGGGAUACCUUGCCAUCUACGCAGGAUACAUUGAAGGGAAAAAGUUCUCAACCGCUACACGGGCUAGUCUUACAAGGCUAGGGAUGAAUUUAGAAAAAUUUGAGAAUUAUCCAUGGGAGAGAGUGGCGUUUAAGGUGCUGAUGGAUUCUCUGAAGGUGUGGGCGUACUAUGCAAUGCCAGAAUUGGGUGCUAAUUAUGGGUCUCCCUUACCAGACGGACCGUCUCCACUGUUGCUGGCUUACAAGGGUGGCCAAGGACGACGCAGAUAUUUUAAGUCGGCUAUCAACAGACAUAUUAACGUGAACAACUUUGUUCAAAAGGACCUUGAUGAAAUGUUUCCAGAAUGGGACAAAGACGUAGAGGACCCUGUCACAUAUAACAUAAUUAAAGUCAUGUUUAAUGGUCCUGGAUGGAAGUGGACCAUGGACUGCUGGAAAGUAACUGGUACUCACAAGGUUGUGAAGAUGGAAGUGAGUCCAGUGAAGAAUGAAGUGAGUUCAGUUAAGACGAAAGCGACUACAGUGAAGUCAGAGAGUGUUGUGAAGGAAGAAAAUAGCAGACCUCGGAAGAAAGCUCGUAAAGGGUCUUCUGUUUCUGCUGAGGCACCUGCAUCGGGUAGUGAUGGCUUUGGGAUGACGAAAGAUCAGAUUGAAAGGGCCUUCAAGGACAUAUCUGAUGCCAUUAGUGAUGGCUUUGGGACGUGCCUUAGGGAGAUCAAGUUGUUGGGGGAUAGGAUGGGAGCUGUGGAGAAGAUGAUCACCAAAAAAGGGAGUUCAUCUGAUGAUAUUCAACUUACAACCGCUUCAAAUCCACCAAAACCCGUGCACGAACCCGAGGUUGGUACCAAAACCUCUCCCAAAAUUGCAGAGAAGAGAGUCACUAGGCAAAGUUGUGGUUGGAUCUUUGCUAGUGAAAGUGUGAAUGGGGCGAAAGCAGGACAUAAUGAAGCCAAAGAACAUAGUGUUACUACAGAACCGAGUUCCUCGACAGAACUCUGUCUUGUGAAACCUGCAGAUGACUUACCGAGUGAUGAACCUAGCGUUCUUAUAUUGGACAAACAAGUAUACACUGCUUCAGAUUCACUCUUGGAGGAAGCUAGAAGGCAGCCAAAGAAGGAGACUGCGAUGGUGAAUCUCCGUGAAAAAAGUGAGCGAGAAAGGAAACUUGCUCCCACACAGCAAACUCCUUUUAAGGGAAACAUCACUGCCAAACAGAUCAUUCCAAACAAAAAGGUUGGUCGAGGCUAUGAUCCUUUUGCACCCUAUGACAAGAAGAAGUCGAAGGAGCUCACUGAAUGGCUGGAACAAGAUCCGUAA